UCUUCCAAGAGAAGACGGAAGAAUGCUGCUUUUAUCCGCCAUCUCCAACUGUCACCCCACCUUUCCCCCUGCUUUAAACCAGGGCUUGGAUUUUGGUUUCUUAUGGCAACAGGAAAAGGGGAAGCAAGGAGAUGAAGCACAAUGGGUGAAGCCACGCCAACAACUCAAGUUUCUACAAAGAUUAGCUCCACCUUUAUUUGCUGCAUUUCUAGCCUUAUCUCCUAUCAUCACUCCUCCAGUGUCAUAUGGUCAAACAAUAGAUGCAAAACGAGGAGCUUCAUUGUUUCGCCAUGCUUGCAUCGGAUGUCAUGAUGCAGGUGGAAACAUAAUACAACCAGGUGCAACUCUAUUUCUAAAAGAUCUGCAGAGAAAUGGAAUUGACACCGAAGAGGAAAUAUACCGCAUAACAUAUUAUGGAAAGGGAAGAAUGCCGGGCUUUGGUGAGAUGUGUACUCCGAGGGGUCAAUGCACAUUUGGAGCUCGUCUACAUGAAGAUGAAAUAAAACUUCUGGCUGAUUUUGUGAAGUCACAAGCAGAUCAAGGAUGGCCAAACAUAGGAAAUAGUGGAGAUUGAUUCAUCCUGUCGUCAGAUAUCAGGAUAGUUUAUUCACUUCAGAAGUUGCUAAAUCUUGACAGGAUUGCCCACAAAUAUAUUGGAGCAAGUUUCUGAAUGAAAUUGCAGAAUGUCAAAUAAAUGGAUGUUGUUCAGUUCCUUAAGUUAACAUGAAGACUUGGUCUCCUUGUGUAGACUUCAUGCAAAAGUGACUGUUGAACUCUCACUGCUAAGUUUAAGGUAUAAAACCAAACUACCUAUCAAGAUCAUUUACCGUUAUUUGUACGAAAUACAUAUCAUAUGACAUGCAGUCUAUGUAGUAAAAUUUAAAUGAAAUGAGUUGGCAAGUUUUU